AUGAUCCCUUUUCCCUCCGCAGUUGCCAAGGAGACAGGAAACGGCCCCCUCCCGCCCGCCGGGGGAAGGCAGGGGCUCCUCGGGUUGCUGCUCCCCUCCCCGCCUCGCCGCCCUCAUCGCCGCUGCCUUCCUUCCGCAGGCGACGCGCCGCCGCCCGCCGCCCCCCGGCCCGGCCCGGCGGAGCCCCCGUCCAGCGGAGCCCUGCUCAGGACCCCCGCGCCCGGCGUGGAGAGAGCGAUCGGGGCGCGCCUGCGAGUCCUGGGGGACCAGUUCCAGCGCGAGUACGCGCACAGGGAGCAGCGCCGGCCGCAGGGCGCCCUCUGGGGCCACGUCUCCCACUUGGUCUUCCAGCUGCUGGGCAUCUUGUACAACCUGCCGGCGGAGGGCAUGGCCGGCCUGCUGCGCCCCAACUAGCGUCUCCUCGUGGGUCCUCCUGCUGGCCAGGGGGGAAACCAGCCGGGACUGGAGCCGCCACCCAUGCUGUGGGUGCUGUGACUGAGUGGGGCGGGCAGGGCACGCUU